UCCCAUCACUAAACCAACCAUUAGAAAGUAUUAGCGACGAAAUUCAAAAAGAAACAGCUCAGACUCAUUCACAAAGAGAGGGAAGAAUGUUUUCUUUUCUCAUCCCAUUGUUAGAGUUCAUCAAGGUGGUUAUUGCUUCCUUUGCCUCCGUAGUCUUUUUAGGCUUCGCCGGUGUAACACUCGCCGGUUCGGCCGUGGUGUUUGCCGUAUCCACGCCGCUUUUCAUCAUAUUCAGUCCCAUUCUCGUACCCGCCACUAUAGCCACGACUCUCCUAGCAACUGGGCUGGGCACUUUUGCCCUCUUCGGAGUGACGGCCGUGGGUCUCAUCAUUUGGCUCCUAAAGCAUAGGAUGGGAGUGAAGCCGGCGAACAAUCCACCUCCUGCAGGAGCUCCCCCGACUGGAUCUCCGCCGGCAGCACCGGAAGCUCCGGCAGCUCCAGCAGCUCCGGAAGCUCCGGCAGCUCCAGCAGCUCCGGAAGCUCCGGCAGCUCCAGCAGCUCCGGCAGCUCCAGCAGCAGCUCCGCCAGCUCCAGCAGCUCCAGCAGCUCCGCCAGCAGCGCCAGCUCCGCCAGCUCCAGCAGCGCCGCCAGCUCCGGCAGCUCCACCAGCUCCGCCAUCCUUCCUAUCUCUUUUCGAAAUGCCAAGCUUUAUUAAGAGCAAGCUGAUAGAAGCAUUAAUUAAUAUACCAGGAUUUGGAAAGAAAUCCAAUGACCGAGGCAAAUCUAAAGGUGGAAAAAAAUCCAAAGGUAAAGGUAAAUCCAAUGGAAGAGGUAAACAUGAAGGUGAAGGUAAAUCCAAGAGUAGAAAAAGUAAAUCCAGAGGUAAAGACAAAGAGAAAUCCAAGGGUAAAGGUAUAUUCGGUAGAAGUUCACGUGAGGGUUCAUCUGAUGAUGAAAGUUCAUAAGAUGGAACUUGAUAUAGGAAUUGUGUUAAACACAUGGGAAAAGAUAAUUUUCAUGGAAGAGUAAAGGACAUUGGUCCAUCUAUUCCAAAAUUUAGAAUACAUUGUGUACUUAUUCAUGAAUUUAUGCCACCUAUAAGAACAAAAAGGCUUUUGAAUAAAUUUAUAAUGUAAUGCUAAAAGUGUUUAUGAUUUUUAAAAGAAAAGGCAAAAGAAAAUCAGGCUACAAUCAACAAUGUUUACUGAAGAUAAAAUUCAUAUAACGUGGUAAUAAUUAAUUUCAUUA